AUGGCUCCCAAUGAUCCCCAGGCCGCCCGGACGAAGGGUCUGGUGGGCAAGCCGCUAUUGUAUUUUACCAGUGUAUUCGUGUCUCUUGGUGUGUUUCUUUUUGGAUAUGAUCAAGGCGUCAUGUCGGGCAUAAUAACUGGACCCUUCUUCAGAGAUGCCUUCAACCAGCCUGGACCCGCCGAGGUAGGCACGAUGGUUGCGAUUCUGGAGAUAGGCGCUCUCAUCGCAUCAUUGUGUGUUGGACGCAUUGGUGAUAUCAUUGGACGCCGGCGUACCAUCCUUUACGGAUCGAUGAUAUUCUUUGUGGGCGGAAUGUUACAGACAUUCGCCAACGGCAUGCCGAUGAUGAUGGUUGGAAGGCUGAUUGCAGGUCUGGGAGUUGGUGCUCUCUCGACCAUUGUGCCCGUCUACCAAUCCGAGAUCAGCCCGCCCCAUAACAGGGGCAAGCUUGCCUGUAUCGAAUUUACAGGCAACAUCACCGGAUACGCUGCGAGCGUCUGGGUGGACUACUUCUGCAGCUUCAUCCAAAGCGACUUCUCGUGGAGAGUACCCUUGCUGAUGCAAUGUCUCAUGGGUGCGCUUCUCGGAUUUGGCAGUCUGAUUAUCUGUGAAUCUCCUCGAUGGCUCCUGGAUAACGACCAUGACGAAGAGGGCAUCGUCGUCAUUGCCAACCUCUACGGGAAAGGCGACAUCCACAACCCGAAGGCUCGCCAAGAAUACCGUGAGAUCAAGAUGAACGUUCUCUUGCAGCGCCAAGAAGGGGAGAGGUCGUACGCGGACAUGUUCAAACGAUACUCUAAGCGCGUCUUCAUUGCCAUGUCGGCCCAGGCGUUCGCACAACUCAACGGCAUCAAUGUCAUUUCCUAUUAUGCACCAUUGGUGUUCGAAUCGGCAGGCUGGGUCGGACGAGACGCUAUCCUCAUGACGGGCAUCAACGCAAUUACAUACCUGGCGUCUACCGUUCCACCCUGGUACUUGGUCGAUAAGUGGGGGAGACGACCAAUCCUCCUGUCUGGGGCGGUGGCAAUGAUUAUUUCCCUCUCAUUGAUCGGGUACUUUAUCUUCAUCGACGUGCGGUGGACUCCGACACUGGUGGUAAUAUUUGUGAUGAUUUACAACGCAGCAUUCGGAGCCAGUUGGGGACCUAUUCCUUGGCUAUACCCUCCAGAGAUCCUGCCUUUGAGCAUUCGGGCCAAAGGUGCGAGUCUGAGCACGGCCAGCAAUUGGGCAUUCAACUUCCUGGUGGGCGAACUCACGCCCGUACUUCAGACGACAAUCAAGUGGCGGCUGUAUCUCGUGCAUGCCUUCUUCUGUGCCGUCAGUUUCGUUCUCGUCUAUUUUGUGUAUCCAGAGACGGCAAAUGUGAGGCUCGAAGACAUGAAUGCGCUAUUUGGGGACGCAACUACGGCGAUGCCAACACCUGCGACACAGGCGGAACGAGGCUCCCUCAUGGGUGUGGGGUCACCAUCAUCCAUCGAUAUCAGACAGGGUGCCCCUCAGCCCGGAGUCUUUUCAGCGGACGCCGCAAUUCCCGGUCUUGAUAUAGAUCCUCCAGAUAUCCACUUGGAUGCCAAUGGCAAGCCUCGAGGACGAAGUCAGAGCACCCAGGAAGGCCUCGGAGGCUGGAUUGGCCGUAUGGUUUCCAGAUCACGGCAAGAAAGCGGUUCUCGUGGACAAUAUGGGAAGGUCGGACAAGAUGAGGAUUGA